AUGGCGGACGCUCUAUCCAUCGAGCAAAACAACAAGAUUCGAGUGGCUCUUGGCCUCAAGCCACUCCCAGUUCCCGGUGCCGGCCCAGAAUUCAGAGAAGACGACGACAGCGAGUCCGGCGAAGAAGAAGACCCAGCCAGUACUCUCGAGUCACGACAGGCGGAAAGUUACGACAACUGGAAGAAAAUUCAGGACACCGCCGAAGCGAAACGGAAACGAGACGAAAAAAAUGCCGCCAUCAAGCGGGCGCGUGAUAUCGCCCAGAGGAAUCUGCAACUCCAAGGAUCCACACUAGGCGAGGGGAAUGGCGACGAACUUGAUACCAAAGCCUGGCUGUCGCAAACCAAAAAACGCCAAAAGAAGAUCGAGAAGGAACGCGCCCAGAGACUGGCGGAGGAACUCGAAGAGCGGGAGCGCCUUGCGGAAACCGAGUACACUGCAGCAGAUCUGGCUGGUAUCAAGGUCGGACACGCUGCAGGUGCUUUUGAUGGCGGUGAAGAUCACAUCCUGACGCUGAAGGACGCUGCGGUCGACGACGAGGAAGAGGACGAUGAGCUCCAAAACCUCGAUCUGGUCGAGAAGGAAAGAACCGAAGAGAAACUGGAGCUCAAGAAGAAAAAGCCCGUCUAUGAUCCUACAGCGGAGAACCAGGGCAUCCUUUCACAAUACGACGAGGAGAUCGAAGGCAAAAAAAGGAAGAGAUUUACACUCGACGCCCAAGGCUCGACCGAGGAACGCGAAGCAAAGCGACAGGAGGUUUCAAACCAGUUGCGGAAGAAUGUUAUCAGCCUCGACCUUGAGCCCGAAGUGCCGUCCUCCGAUUAUAUGGACAUCAGCGAGGUCAAAAUUAAGAAGCCUAAAAAGAAGAAGGCUAAAGCUACAAAACAGAGGACUUUCAUGGACGACGACGAGAUUGCCCCGGUUACAGAUUCGACCGAUGCGCAAGGAUCCUCGGCUAUGGAUAUUGAUUCGAAGGGCGGAGUCCCAGUCCCUGCUCCCCGCAAGCCUGUCAAUGAAGAUGUUUCUUUCGUGGAUGAUGAUGACCUUCAAGCCUCUCUUGCGUUGCAACGACGCGCAGCCUUCAAGAAGCGCAAGAAGAUCAGCCCCGAGGAGCUUGCCAAGCAGCUUCGAGAAGAGGAGACUCAGACCCCAAUGGAGAUUGAAAAUUCGGAUAAUGAAGGCGAGGAGCCUGGCCUUGUUAUCGACGAAACAUCAGAGUUUGUGUCAAAUCUACACAAGCCUACACUCCUCGAGCAGGAAGAAAAACAUGCCACAGUUGCGGCCAAGGAGCCGAAAAGUCCCCGCGCCGAGCCCGAAGGAGAGGGCGUGGAGAUUGAUAUGGACCGCUACGGCGAUAUUGAAGACGAAGAGGAGCUUGCCGCACGCAUCAAGCGCGAUGAAGCACCUGCGUCCGAGCCACAACAACUCACCGGCACAGGUCUAGAAGAGGAAUCAACUUUGGACCAAGGUCUUGCUGCUACCCUAUCAAUGUUGAAAUCACGCGGCCUGGUCAAAGACAACGACAGCACCAGCCAAAACACACUCAUGCGCGAUCGCCAGCGCUUCUUGGCCGACAAGGUGAACCGCGAGACCGAAAUCGAGCGACGCGCCCGGCAGCAGCGUGAACGGGACCGUGCCUCCGGCAAGCUUGAGCGCAUGUCAGCCCGUGAGCGUGAGGAGCACGCGCGCUGGGAGAACAAGCAACGUGACCAGCAGGAGGCGCGCCAUAUGGCCGACGUGUUCAACCGCGAAUACAAGCCCGACGUCCAGCUGCGGUACGUUGACGAGUUCGGUCGCAACAUGAACCAAAAGGAAGCCUUCAAGCAACUCAGUCACCAGUUCCACGGCAAGGGCAGUGGAAAGAUGAAGACCGAGAAACGUCUGAAGAAGAUCGAUGAAGAAAAGAAGCGCGAGUCUAUGAGCACACUAGACAGCAGUCAGAACACCGGCAUGAACACUGCUGUGGGCACUGCUGCGCGCAAGAAUCGCCAAGCUGGUGUUCGCCUGGGCUGA